UUCCAAAAGCAAAGAUAAUUUUUUUUUCCACAGAACAGAACAAUAUCAAAUAGCUAACUCCAUCCCCAACAAUGGUCCUUGCCGUUGGCAUUUGCUUAAUCAGUCUUUAAUUCCAGUUUGACAAACUUUAUAAGGUGCUACAAGACAGAUGACCUUUCACCACCUGCCAUGAUGUGGAACAGACAUUUUGUCUUCUAUCUCCUGCUUUUGCCAGCUUUUAUGAGUCAAACAAUACAUGGACAAAGAAAGAAAGGAUCAAAGUCCAAUUUACUUGCAAAGAAAAAUAACUUGCAGGACUCUACUUGCUUCAUAGAUGUGGUCUUCAUUGUGGACAGCUCUGAAAGUUCUAAAAUUGUUCUCUUUGAUAAACAGAAAGAUUUUGUGGCUAGCUUGAGUGACAAGGUUUUCCAACUGACCCCGGUUCGCUCCUUGAAAUAUGAUAUCAAACUGGCAGCACUUCAGUUUAGCACCUCUGUCCAAAUUGAUCCACCUUUUUCUUCUUGGAAGGAUCUGCAGACUUUUAAACAGAGGGUCAAAUCUAUGAAUUUCAUUGGGCAAGGCACCUUCUCCUAUUAUGCAAUCUCCAAUGCCACUAGUUUGCUUAAGAGAGAAGGGCGUAAAGAUGGUGUGAAAGUGGCUUUGCUGAUGACUGAUGGCAUUGACCAUCCAAAGAAUCCAGAUGUCAAGAGUAUUUCUGAAGACGCCAGAACUGCAGGAAUAUUGUUUAUCACCAUUGGACUUUCCACUGUCGUCAAUGAAGCCAAACUUCGUUUGAUAUCUGGGGAAUCAUCCAGCGAGCCCGUUCUACUGUUGAGUGAUCCCACACUUGAAGAUAAAAUUCAAGAUCGCCUGGAUAUCUUAUUUGAAAAGAAGUGUGAACACAAGAUUUGUGAAUGUGAGAAAGGGGAUCCAGGCGAUCCAGGGCCUCCUGUGAGUAUGUUUCCACUUUUUUUUUUUUUUUUUGUAUGUUUCUACUUUGAACUUAUGGUCAAGUCAGGAAGCCCUAGUCAUGAUUGCUCUACUGACUCUUGCCGAAAUCAAGCAAUUACUCUUAAGGACAUCUUGGAAAACAUUCCAAAGCCCCUUGGAGAAAAGCCAGAGUGCCUGGCUCCGAUGGGUUUUUUUUCUCCCCCACAGGGUGAUGCUCAAAAAGGGGAGCCUGGAGAAAGAGGCCCAGGGGGAAUCCCUGGGUACAAAGGUGAGAAGGGUGAAAAUGGAGAAUGUGGAAAACCAGGAAUAAAAGGUGACAAAGGAUCCUUAGGGCCGUAUGGACCAAAGGGACCCAGAGGACUUCAGGGCAUUAGUGGACCUCCAGGGGAUCCAGGCCCGAAGGGAUUUCAAGGCAAUAAGGGUGAACCAGGUCCCCCUGGUCCUCAUGGUCCUCCAGGAGCCCCUGGUAUUGGACAGCAAGGAAUUAAGGGGGAAAGAGGUCAGGAAGGAAGAACAGGGGCUCCAGGACCGAUUGGCAUUGGUGAACCAGGCCAGCCAGGUCCCCGUGGUCCUGAAGGAGCACCAGGAGAGAGGGGCUUACCAGGAGAAGGAUUUCCAGGGCCAAAGGGUGAAAAAGGCUCUGAAGGACCAAUUGGCCCACAGGGAUUACAAGGCCUGUCAAUCAAAGGGGACAAGGGGGAUUUGGGACCUGCGGGACCCCAAGGGCCAAUGGGCAUCCCCGGAAUUGGGAGUCAAGGGGAACAGGGAAUCCAAGGUCCUAUGGGUCCACCUGGUCCACAAGGGCCCCCAGGACAAGGCUCACCUGGUUCUAAGGGAGAAGUAGGCCAAACAGGAGCUACAGGUCCUAGAGGGCCAGUGGGAAUUGGAGUACAAGGCCCAAAGGGGGAGCCAGGCUCAACAGGGCUCCCAGGACAACCAGGAGUACCAGGAGAGGAUGGGGCUGCAGGAAAGAAGGGAGAAGCAGGGCUUCCAGGAACAAGAGGCCCAGAAGGACCACCUGGAAAAGGACAACCUGGCCCUAAGGGUGAUGAAGGGAAGAAAGGGAGCAAAGGAAAUCAAGGACAGAGGGGAUUUCCAGGGCCUGAAGGGCCGAAGGGUGAACCAGGAAUUAUGGGCCCUUUUGGGAUGCCCGGAGCAUCAAUUCCUGGACCACCUGGGCCAAAGGGAGACAGGGGAGGACCCGGGAUGCCUGGAUUUAAAGGAGAACCGGGAAUUGCUAUUCGAGGACCAAAGGGUGCGCAAGGACCUCGGGGACCAGUGGGUGCUCCAGGACUCAAAGGUGAUGGCUAUCCUGGUGUGGCUGGACCUCGGGGACUACCGGGACCCCCUGGACCAAUGGGUUUACGUGGAGUGGGGGACACUGGAGCAAAGGGAGAGCCUGGUGUCAGAGGCCCCCCAGGUCCCUCUGGGCCUCGGGGCAUAGGAACCCAGGGGCCAAAGGGAAAUAUUGGGCAGAAAGGCCUGCCUGGCCCUCCUGGCCCCCCUGGCUACGGAUUACAAGGAAUUAAAGGGGAGCAAGGACCUCAAGGUUUUCCAGGGCCAAAAGGCAUGACAGGCCAUGGCCUCCCUGGCCAGAAGGGAGAGCAUGGAGAACGGGGCGCUAUGGGAAAGAAAGGUGAUAAAGGUGAAAUUGGGGAGCCCGGAUCUCCAGGGAAACAGGGGUUACAAGGACCAAAGGGAGACACAGGACUUACUAAAGAAGAAAUUAUCAAAAUUAUUUUUGAGAUAUGUGGUUGUGGGCCCAAAUGCAGAGAGACUCCUCUAGAACUGCUGUUUGUGAUCGACAGCUCUGAAAGCGUGGGGCUGGAGAACUUCCAGAUCAUCAAAAAUCUUGUGAAGACUCUGUCUGACCAGGUUGCUCUGGACCUAGCUACGGCCCGCAUCGGCAUAAUUAACUAUAGCCAUAAGGUGGAGAAGGUGGCCCACUUGACACAGUUCUCCAACAAGGAUGACUUCAAGCUGGCUGUGGACAACAUGCAGUAUCUGGGGGAAGGCACCUACACGGCCACAGCACUCCAUGAAGCCAACCACAUGUUUGAAGCUGCAAGACCAGGUGUAAAGAAGGUGGCCUUGGUCAUCACUGAUGGGCAGACAGAUAUCCGAGAUGAAAAGAAUCUGACAGAGGUAGUGAAGAAAGCCAGUGACAUGAAUGUGGAAAUAUUUGUGAUUGGGGUAGUGAAGAAAAAUGACCCCAACUUCGAAAUGUUCCACAAAGAAAUGAAUCUGAUUGCUACUGACCCAGAUAGUGAGCACGUUUAUCAGUUUGAUGACUUCAUUACCCUGCAAGACACCCUGAAGCAAAAAGUGUUUAAAAAGAAGUGUGAGGAUUUUGAUUCCUACCUCAUUCAAGUUUUGGGUUCUCCACUACUUCAACCUGGGUUGGGGAUAUCAGAGGAAGAACUUGGUGGAUCCACUCCAGAGCCUCAGGAAGAAAUUUCAGAGUCCGUCACUGUCUCUGGAGCCCAGGACAAAGAGCAAGAGCCUAACUGGACUGAUGGCCUGACCACCACUCCUUCACCUGAGGCUGCUACCACCCAGGAGCCAUUGCUCAGCCUCCCUGAGGAGGGGGCAGAGGGUCUGGAAACAAGAAUUCCAAGUCCCAUUUUGAACUUAAAGCCAGAAAAGUUGGCGCACCAAGAUCCUAGAUGCUUGGAACCCCUAAAGCCGGGAGACUGUGGCGAAUAUGUAGUUCGAUGGUAUUAUGACAAACAGGUGAACUCCUGUGCCCGCUUUUGGUUCAGUGGCUGUAAUGGCUCAGGAAAUAGAUUCAACAGUGAAAACGAGUGUCAAGAAAUCUGCAUUCAAGGAUGAGCCUGUGACCCUCAUUCAAGUUUGGAGAUACAAAAAAGGGCAGUCCAGGAAGAGGAAGCUGGAAGAAUAGCCAUCUUAACAAAAACAAUUUUGUGUGGUUUAAUUAUAUUUUUAUUAUGUAAUAUUUGAGACCACAAAAGAAUACAUACGAUAUACUUGUAAGUUACCAAACACUAUAACAAGAUGAACAUCAGUGAACAUAUCAUACAGACAAUGAACCAGACAUAAUCAAUUCUGUUGGAGCUUCCUGUGUUCCCUUCUGCAAUCCCAGCUCCUUGUUCCCUGCCAGGGAUAACUCAUCUUGAAUUUUGUGUUUACCACUUCACUUUUCUAUCAGGUUUUUAUAGGUAAUUUUACAUGUAAAAUCUUUUUUUUUUUUUUUGUAGCUCUGCACAAUACAUAGUCUUGCUUAUUUUAGAGCUUUAUAAAAAUGGAGUCAUGUUCUAGUCUUCUGCAACUUGCUGUUUUCAUUCAAUAUAAUCAUUAAUCUAUAUGUUUUACCAUAUCUAAAUGUAUUCCUAAGUAACUUAUUAUUUAGGUUUUUUGAGCUUUGGAACAUUUGUUUCAUAAUAUGUAAUUCUUUGCAACUUGGUGUGUUAAUAUAUUAUAAUUCAUAGAUGUCCAUUUACGUUCAAAGUUGCAUCAUAUCUGUGGGCAUAUAUCACAAAAUAUGUUUAACCAUUGCUUUGUCUAUGAUUAAACUGUUUCCAUUUAAUUUUU